AAAACAACAAAAUGUGGAAUAAGUCAAGGGGUGUGAAUACUUUCUGAAGGCACUGUAUAUGCAGACAUGGCGGAACCAGAUGACACUCAAAUGAGGGUUUGGUUGUGAUUGCAAACUCCCUGAAUUAGCUCAGAGAUCACACUUGUGAUGUCAUGUUGGCUCUGGCCAGCCCUCGGAGGAAGUCAGUCUUAAAGUGUAUGUCAAGACGCCUCUCGAAAAAAACAACAGAAAAUCCUGAACAGUGGAAACACACAAGAGAGGAGAUCUGUUGAGGACAUUCAAAGUCACCUACAGGAUUCUAAACUGCUCUUCAACCCCAAAUGCAGUCAUUGACCCCAAACGCUCAACUGAUAUCCUCUGAGAUGCUCUGAAAAGAGGAACAAGAAGAGGCAGAUUGUGUGAAAAACACCAACAUCUGAGGUUUCCUGGAACCAAAAACAUACUCAAUCUAACGAUGGUUGAUGAAGCAACAGUAUUGCACAGUAACUCUACCGGAAGACUGGACCAGCCCUUCCACUGCCUGGCCACUCAGAAUCUGGUGGCCGACAUACUGCCUCCUGUCCUGAUUAUAGAGCUCCUAGUGGGCUUGCCAGGCAACGUAAUGGCUCUGUGGAUCUUCACUUGCCGUCUGAAGACUUGGAGGGCCAACACCCUGCUCCUCUUUAACCUGGUCCUGGCUGACUUCCUACUGCUCAUCUGCCUGCCCUUCCGCAUUGACAACCUGUUCCGUGGGGAACACUGGGUGUUUGGCGAAGCCUGGUGCCGGAUCAACCUCUUCAUGCUCGCUGUCAACCGCUCGGCCAGCAUCGCCUUCAUGACUACCGUGGCCUUCGACCGCUACUUCAAGGUGGUCCACCCACACCACCGUGUCAACCACAUGACAUCUACCCAGGCAGGAUGGGUGGCGGGGGGCAUCUGGGCAGUGGUGAUCUCCCUGCGGCUCCCCCUGCUGACCACCAACCUCCUCAGGCAGGAUGGCAACAUGUCCCUGUGUCGCAGCUUCAGCUCCUACACUGUGACUCCCCUGGCAAUCGAGAUUCACAACAUGGUGUUCGUCGGAGAGUUCUUCCUGCCCCUGCUGCUCUUGCUCUUCUGCUCAGCCAGGAUUGCCUGCAUCUUACGCCAACGGCAACUGGACAAGGAGCAGAAGGUUCGGCGGGCCAUCCGGGUGGUUGGGCUGAUCGUGGCUGUGUUUGUGCUGUGUUUCUUUCCCGGAAUCGCCACAGGCCUGAGUACGGUCUAUAUCAAGCAGUUCAGACCCAGGGACUGUGAGUCUUACAAAUUGGCUGCACAGCUCUUCAGCAUGUCCAUUGGAUUUACCUACCUUAACAGUGCUCUGGACCCAGUCAUCUACUGUUUUUCCAGUUCCAUGUUCCGAAACUCCCUCAAGAGCUCCAUCAAUAAGCUGGGCCUGGUGGAGAUGAGGCUGAGUCGACGGGGAAGCAUGACCAGCGAUGGGUGAAUAGCGAGGCCUGCCCUUGUUCAGGGGCAGAACGGCAGAUUUUUACCUUGUCAGCUCGAGGAUCCGAUCCGAUUCUGUAGCUAUGUGGGAUACAUACUUGAAAGGACUGAGUACGUGUGUAUGCGUGUAUAUGUAUGUGAAACAAAGACAGGAAAAAGAAAGCCUUCAUUCUACUGAAUGGUUAUUUUUUAGAACCGAAUGAUGUAGAGUGACAUGUUUUUGUCUUGAUUUAGUCAUGUCUAUCAAAUACACUAUUUUUACCAGAUGCAGUGUUAAGGGAUGUUUCAAAAUGUACAGAACGGGGACCAGGAGGAGAAUGGGGGAGGGACAUGCUUUCCAUUUCAGUCGAGGAGGAUUUAGUAUUUUCUAAAUCAAGUCCAGGGGAGGGACAUGCAAUUUGUAAUUGAUUACAUUUUAAUAUUUAUCAGUGUUUUAGAAUUAGUUGCUUAUUAUGCUAUACAAUGCCUUCAGAAAGUAUUCCCACCACUUGACUUUUUCCACAUUUUAUGUUAAAGCAAUUUACAUUUUUUAUGUCAAUGGGAUUUAAUAUAUAUAUAUAUAUAUAUAUAUAUAUAUAUAUAUA